UCUCUGGAAAUUCCCGUCAUUUGGAUUUGGAUCAAAGUCGAGUUCAAGCUCAAGAAGCUCGUCUGGAAAUCAACCGGUUCCAUAUGAUCAAACUGGUUACGAUCAAUUUAAUUAUCAAUCAGUACCACUGGCGCAAAUACCACCGAAUGAUAAUCAUACGCAAUUUGUUGAAAAACCAUGCACACAUAAACCGAAAACCAUAUUAAAUGCAGCUACAAAGUGUUCACUUGUUACAAAAACGUGCACGGUAGAAUGUAUGAAUAAUUUUCAAUUGCCAAAUGGAGAGACGAAAACCAAAUUGUAUUGUAAUGCCGAUGGUGAAUGGCAGAUUGAGAAUUUGGUUUGGACAGAUGGGCUUGGUUGCACAAGCUCGACUGGAAACCAGCAGCUUUCAUACGAUCAAACUGGCUAUAUUUCACGUUAUGGACAAUCUAAUGCCCAUUCAAAAACCGGAUCAGCACAAUCUUAUGGAAGAACUUGUCAAGAUAUACCGAGAACCAUACUGAACGCGUCCAAAAGAUGUUCAAUUGUUUCAAAAACAUGCACUAUAGAAUGUUUGAACAACUAUCAAUUGCCAAAUGGAGAAACGAAAGCAAAACAAUAUUGCGCCGAUGGUACAUGGUUAUUAGAGAAUCUUGAUUGGACCGAUAAACUUGCUUGUGAACCUAUUUGUAUGCCACCUUGCAAAAACAAUGGAAUUUGUAUGUCGCCCGGAACUUGUUCGUGUCCGGAAAAUUUCAUUGGGCCAUAUUGUGAACACGAGAAAAAGCUGUGCCUAACGAAACCAGUGGUCCCACAUAAUUCGAGGUUAAUAUGCAGUUCAACUAGUUGUACAAUUACAUGCGCUAAAGGCUACACAUUUCCAGACGGUUCAUCAAUUACGAAUAUGAUGUGCGAAAACGGCGAAUGGAAACCAUCUCGACCUGAUCAGACUUUUAUCCCAGAUUGUCAACCCACUUGUUCGCCAGCGUGUCAAAAUGGUGGAGUAUGUUUGUCGUAUAAUGUGUGUCAAUGCGCCAAGGAUUAUCGUGGAAAACAAUGCCAAUUUAAUGUUGAUGUAUGUUCACCGAAGAAAAUUGAAUUCAAUGGUGCCUACAGUUGUUCAGGCGACAAUGAUGCGCUUCGUUGUAAACUAUCAUGUAUAGAAGGUGUUGCAUUUUCAUUUCCACCGGCUGCUGAAUAUGUUUGCGAAUAUGAAAAAGGAUACUUUACUCCUUCGCCUGUACCACGAUGCAAUUACAGUGCUGACGUAGAAGUAAUUCGUGGCAAUGAACUAUCUCAUUCAUACAGCACUGUCAAUCGUACAACAAUAGUGGGCGGCGGUUUGUAUGGUAAUAGAACAAAAAAAGUUAGAAAGAUCCGUAAAAAGGGUCUUAAGAGUUUUGAGAUUGAAGGAGAUGGCGAACAAAGUGGCAGCUAUGAGAAAAUCAUUAUAAAAAAUACAAAGACAAUAAUUGUGAGAAAAGGCCAGAAAAAAACGCAAAGCAAAGGUGCUUAUGAAGGUGAUGAAUACGAGUAUGAGGAAUAUGAGGAUGAAGAUGGUGGCAGUGAAUUCUAUAGUGGAAUGCAAGCGAUUGGUGUUCAAUCAUUGUACAUUUCAAGUGGAUUGACGGUAAAGCAUCGUGUACCAAAGCCAGCCACUUGUACAACAUGGAAUGGCAACAAAGUGAAAACAUUCGAUGGAUUGAUAUAUACACACAACUUACGUUGUUCACAUACAUUGAUACAAGAUAAAAUCGACGGUUCCUUUGCCAUCGUUUUGAGAGCUUGUUCAAAUUCAAAUCAAGCACCGUGUCCACAUGCUCUUGAAAUAAUGAUGUCAAAUACGAAAUACAUUUUAGAAAGCAUCAAUGGUUCAGUGGUUUUGUUCAAAGAAGAUAAAGAAAUGGCGAUACCAAUGCAAAUAAUGGGUCUUCGCAUCUCAAAAGUUGGGCUCACUUUCAAAAUUAGCUUGGAAUUGAUUGGAAUUACUAUUUACUGGGAUGCACAACGCGGCAUGAACAUUGAAACAACGGCAGCAUUAUUCAAUCGAACAGCUGGGUUGUGCGGAACACUCGAUCAAGAUGUAACAAAUGAUUUUGCAUCAAAGGAUGGAACCGUUCAUAAGACUACCGCAACAUUUGUUGAUGCAUGGCAAACAUCAAAUUCUGCAUGCCAAAAUGAUGUUAUCAAUGAUGAAGGCAUGGAACUUGUUUGUCCCGAUGAUGUUAAAUUGGCCGCUACUGAAAUGUGUAAAAAACUUUUAAAUAAUGAGAAAUUCAAUGACUGCUUGAAGAACUUGAAAAGAGAAGCAAUUUUAGAAGUGUGCAUCUCUGACUUUUGUUAUUGUAGACAUGCAAAUCGUAAAGAAUGUGCAUGUAAUGGUCUAACUGUUUUUGCCAAAGAAUGUCUCUUCCAGGGUAACACCCUGCAACCAGAUUGGAGAAAUAUGGAACUAUGCCCAUUAUCAUGUGAAAAUGGCCGGGUGUACAAAGCAUGUGGUCCAAUCUAUGAGAAAUCUUGUGGCAGUGCGGUUGAAAAUGAAAUUUCAACCUCGAAUUGUAAUGAAGGUUGUUUCUGUCCGGAUGGUACUAUUCAAUAUGCCGGAAAUUGCAUUCGAAUUGAUGAAUGCCCUUGUGCCCUGCGAGGAAAAACUUUCAAUGCUGGCAGUGAAAUAAAAAAGGACUGUAAUACGUGCAAAUGCGAAAAAGGUGUAUGGAAAUGUUCAGACUUGACAUGCGGCGCACGAUGCUCUGCAAUCGGUGACCCACAUUAUCAAACGUUUGAUGGAAAACAUUUUGAUUUUAUGGGAAAAUGUUCGUAUUAUCUGUUAAAAACCGAUGAUGAUAUUGAAAUCACCGCUGAGAAUGUCGCUUGUCCGGGCAGUAUUUCCGAAUCAAUGAACUUUGGUCCGGUGGGCGUUGAUAUGCCGUCGUGCACAAAAUCGGUUGCCAUUAAAGUGAAACAUGAAAAUCAAACAGCUACAAUUCAUUUAAAACAAGGUCGAAUUAUUCAAAUCGAUGGAGUUGAAAUUACGAAAAUUCCAUUGAAAAUAUUUGACGGUUUUAUGCGAAUUCGGUUCGCAAGUUCGACAAUGUUGCUGGUCGCCUUUCGUGAUGGAUUGAAAUUGUGGUGGGAUGGUAUGACACGUGUAUAUAUUGAUGCGCCGAUUAGUUAUCGUGGUAAAACAAAAGGGUUGUGCGGAACGUUCGAUUCGAAUCAACAAAAUGAUUUUCUUACCCCAGAAAAUGAUAUUGAGUCGUCAGUCGGUUCAUUUGCAAAUAAAUGGCGUACCAAAGAAAGCUGUGAUUUUGUUAAUGACGAUGUAAAUAUUCCGCAUCCGUGUACGGCGAAUACGGAGAAUAAGAAGAGAGCAUUAGAAGUAUGUGCGAAAUUGAAGAGCAAAAUAUUCGAAGAAUGUCACUGGUUUGUUGAUUGGCAGCCAUACUACGAGGAUUGUAUGUAUGAUAUGUGUGCGUGCAAGAGUGAUACAGCAUCGUGCAUGUGUUCAAUUUUCACGGCCUACGCAAAUGAGUGUAAUGAACAAGGCAGUAUUAUACAUUGGCGUAACUCGAUUCAAGAAUGUGCCAUUAAAUGUCCUGCUGGCCAAGUCUUUGAAGAAUGUUCGGAUCGUUGCUAUCGUAGUUGCGCCGAUAUGGAAUCAUUACCGAAAACAUGCCGAACAAAAUGUGUGGAAGGCUGUAGAUGUCCAGAAGGUCAAGCACUUGACGAGAACAAUGAAUGUAUUCCGAUUUCAAUGUGUCCAUGUGCAUAUAAGGGUCUUUCAUUCAAUGCUGGUUACAAAGAAGUUCGCCCCGGUACAAAACACUUAGAUUUAUGUACAUGUGAUAGUGCUGAUUGGAAAUGUGUCGAAGCAACCGAUAGCGAUAAAGAUAAAUAUCCGCCAGCUGCUGAUUUACGAAAUCAAUGUUUAGUCGAUAAAAACGAAGAAUUCACAACGUGUCAACCUGUUGAGCCGAAAACGUGUAAAAACAUGAACAAUUACGUGCUAAAAUCGGCAAUCGAUUGUCGGCCAGGCUGUGUUUGUAAAAAAGGCUACGUUUUAGAUGUUGCAUUGAACAAAUGCGUACUGCCAGUUGAUUGUUCGUGUCAUCACGGAAGCAAGAGCUACAGUGAUGGUGAACAAAUCAAGAGUGAUUGCAACACAUGCAUUUGUGAGAGUGGAAAUUGGGUGUGUACGAAACGAAUUUGUCCAGCAACAUGCACUUCUUAUGGCGAUUCGCACUUUACAACCUAUGAUGGCAAAGACUUUGACUUCCAAGGUGCUUGCAGCUAUGUACUGUCAAAAGGUGUGAUUGAUUCCGGCGAAGGAUUUACGGUUACACUUCAAAAUGUGAUGUGUGGAUCUCAGGGUGUAACGUGCGCAAAAUCCGUGACAAUUACAUUGCACGGCAAUGAACCGGAGUCUAUAACAUUGAACUCCGAUACAACAGUACCGGGUGCACUUUUGAGUCGACAAGAAACAAAUGAAAUUGUUCACAAAGGAAAGAAAAAGAUUAUGCAAAUUCAUCGGGCUGGUGUGUUUGUUGUUGUUGAAGUGCCCGGAUUGGGUGUACAAAUUAAAUGGGACCGAGGAACUCGAAUUUAUGUACAGUUAACUAGUCGAUGGAAGGGACGUGUGCUGGGUUUGUGUGGAAAUUUCGACGGUGACGCACUAAAUGACUUUGAAUCACCUUCGACGGGAUUGGAGUCGAGCGCGGUGCUAUUUGGAAAUUCAUGGAAACUCGAAGAUUAUUGUCCACAACCAACUGAGCAAAUCGAUGCAUGUUCAACACAUCCGGAGCGAAAAAUUUGGGCUGAGAAAAAAUGUGGAAUUUUGAAAAGUUCCAUUUUUAGUGCGUGCCAUUCUGAAGUUGACGUUGAUAAAUUCAUGAAACGAUGCAUAUUUGAUUCGUGUGCUUGUGAUCAAGGGGGUGAUUGUGAAUGUCUUUGUACAGCAAUUGCAGCAUACGCUCAUGUUUGCACAAUGAAAGGCAUUCCCAUUAGAUGGAGAACACAACAUUUUUGCCCGAUGCAAUGUGAUCCCCAUUGCUCUGAAUACAAACCAUGUAUUUCGGCUUGUGGCGUUGAAACUUGUGAUAAUAUACUUGAUCAAGGAAAAAAUUCAAAAUUAUGCACCGAAGAUACAUGCGUUGAGGGUUGUCAUAUCAAACCGUGUCCAUACGGUGAAAUUUAUUUGAAUGAUUCAUACACGGAAUGCGUUUCAAAAUCAAUUUGCAAGCCAAUCUGUUUGACUUUAAAUGGUGUCGAUUAUUUUGAAGGAGAUGUAAUCAAAAGUGAUAAUUGUCAAACGUGUCACUGCAGUAAGGGAAAACAGAUUUGUGUCGGUGUUCCUUGUACGGUGACAACUACUUUGCCAUUCCAUGCACCUGUCGUUAUGAACCAAGAUGAGUCUGCCACUUGUAAGACUGGUUGGAGCGAGUGGAUCAAUCAGGAAAGCUUAAGCGAUGGCCAAAAAUCAAAGAAUCUCACCAAGUUCAAUGACAACGAACCUCUACCAAACGCAUUCAUGUUGAAAAAUUUUAAAAAUUCUGCAUUCUGUGACGCUAAUUAUAUGUCGCAAAUUGAAUGUCGCAGUGUCGAUUCACAUUUACAUCCAAAAGUAAUUGGCGAAGAUGCUGAAUGUUCAUUGGAACGGGGAUUAGUUUGUGAAGGUCAAUGUCACGAUUAUGAAAUUCGUGUGUUUUGCAAUUGUAUCAUCGAUGACGUCGAAAUUAUGACACUUGAUCAUACAACUCCGCGUUACGUUCAACCAAUUUAUCAAUCGAAAAUAAUCGAAAUGACCACGGCCACUCCGACAGUUUACGGUUCAAUUUGUAAUCCAGCCAUUCCACACGUUGAAAAGCCAGGAAACUGUCACGAAUUUUAUCAUUGCACAAUGAACACUUCGGGUGUUUGGACAUUCGUUGAAAAAUCCUGCGGUAAAGAUAUGAUGUUUCAUCCACAAGCAAUGGUUUGUGAUCAUAUUGACAAUGUAAAGCGGAUCAAACCUGAAUGCGGUCAAUUGCAAUAUAAUGUAAAUAAUGAAGUGAAUAAGGUCACCGAAAUUGAGAAAAUUAUUGAAAAGACUACAAUCAUCCAAAAAGAAACGAAGAACCCACUAUAUGGAUCGAUUUGUAAUCCGGCCAUUCCACACGUCGAAAAACCUGGUAAUUGUCACGAAUUUUAUCAUUGCACAAUGAACACUUCGGGUGUUUGGACAUUUGUUGAAAAAUCCUGCGGUAAAGACAUGAUGUAUCAUCCACAAGCAAUGGUUUGUGAUCAUAUUGACAAUGUUAAACGGAUUAAACCACAAUGUGGCAGCGAAUGGGAAAACGAAAUUAUUCAAGACAUUUCAGUAAUUUCAAAACUCGAGAAAAAAUGCCCGAUCGGUCAUGUUUGGAGCGAAUGUGCGGUACCAUGCGGUCGAGCUUGUCAUUUCUAUGACAAAUUCUUACAGAAGAGUGGAUUGUGCACUGGAAGUUGGAACUCGUGCGAAAAGGGAUGCGUGCCGGAAACAGCAGCGGCUGAUUGUGGACCUGGGUAUUAUUGGCGUGACAAUAAACUUUGCGUGAAAAAAGCCGACUGUACGUGUCAAAGUGAUGAUGGAAAAAUUGUUAAGCCUGGUUCAGUUUAUAAGGAAUCUGAUUGUAAAAUCUGCCAGUGUAUUGAUAAUUUAUAUGUUUGCGAUGUACAAACUUGUCAACGUCAAGUAAACUCAGUUACCACUGUCGUUAAACCAAUUACCUCUGAAAUUAUUGAAGAAUCAAUAACCGUUGUAAAGAAGCCAGAAACAGAACCAACUCAAGUUGUGAUCAGCACAGUAACACCACCAGCCGACUGUGCACCAGAAAAUUUGAUUCCAAUGGUAAAUGGUAAAAUUCCUCUUCCAGAUACUGCAUUCAAUGCCAGCAGUUAUUUGACAACAUCAUUUAAACCACACUUUUCCAGACUCAAUUCACAAGCUACACCUUUCUCACGCGGAUGUUGGUCCCCGGAAAUCGAUGAUCAAAAGCAGUACUUGCAAAUAGCCUUUGAAAAACCUGUACCGCUAUACGGAAUUAUACUACAGGGGAGUCCAACAUUUGAUCAAUAUGUAACAAGUUUUAAGAUUUUACAUAGUCAUGAAGGUGGAGCAUUCCAUAAUCUUGUCGAUGAAACGACAAAAUCACAGAUUUUCAAUGGACCAAUUGAUUCGCGUACGCCAGUAAAAUCAAUGUUCAAAAUUCCAAUCGAAGCAAAAGUAAUUCGAAUUUAUCCGUUGACGUGGCAUGGAAAAAUCGCCAUUCGAACUGAACUUCUUGGUUGUUCGCCGUACAAGGUGGUCGAGGAAGCAAACACAAUACCUCCACAUCACGAACAAAUCGAAGAGCAACCAAUUUGUGACGAUCCACUUGGUGUUGAUACUGGAAUUUUGAGACAAAAUCAAAUCAAAUUGAGUUCAUUCAAAACCAGCAUCCCAGAAAUAAAAGCCAAAGAAUCAUUGAAACUGUCAUCGUUGAUUGGUUGGCAACCAAAUAUCGAUUCACCAAAUGAAUACGUUUUGUUCGAUUUCCUUCAAUUGCGUAAUGUAACUGGAGUUAAAACGAAAGGCGGUGACCAGUGUUGGGUAUCAGCAUACUAUAUAUUAUAUACACAAGACUUUGUCAUUUGGAAUAAACUAUUGAAUGGAGAUGGAAGCGGCGAACAAUUGUUUUUGGGUAAUUUCGAUGGUAUCAAUGAAAAAUCCAAUUAUUUCCGAUUUCCACUAAAAGCUCGUGCAAUCAAAGUCAUACCAACCAAAUGGCAUAAUUGUAUCGAAAUGAAAAUCGAACCAGUCGGAUGCUUCCUUCCAUAUGAAUACUCAGAAAUUGUUUUGGAAUCAACCACAUCAUUCGUACCAAUAAAUGUUCAUUGUAGCAUUUGCCCAGGUGUUGACAGUGCAUCGAGCGCAAUCGAAAGCGUUUGCAAAUGUAAGUCGGAGGAGUUCUGGAAUGGAGUCGAUUGUGUAGCUCGAAGCAUGUGUCCGUGUGUCGUGAAUCAUUUGACCUAUGGAGUUGGAGCUCAUUUUGAAUCAGACGAUUGCUCGCAAUGUACUUGUGUUUUGGGAGGCAUUGUCCAGUGUAAACCACAGGAUUGUAAGCCUUGUGGAAAGGGAUUGCGACGUGUUAAAUCAUCAGCAUGCCUUUGUCUUUGCGAACCAUGUCCAGCUGGUCAUCUCCUCUGUCCCACAAGUGGCGCAUGCAUUCCAGAAUCAUCGUGGUGUAAUGGCGUGCAAGACUGCCCUGAUGAUGAAAUAAACUGUUCGUACAAACACCAAGCGCAAACUACAAAGGUCAUAACGAAAGUGAAGGAAAAGAUCGUCAUUACGAAAACUUGCCCAGAACCAAAAUGCCCACCUGGCUUUUAUGUGAAGGUUGUGCCAUCGAAAAAAGGCAAACCUUCAGCUUAUUCACCAUUAUCCAAUGCAGUUGAGGGCAUCUACAAGGAAUCGAACGAAGAUAACACGGAGAUUCAUUCAAAGCUACCAUUGCCAAGUGAUACACCAAAUGAAAAGAUUAAAGACGAUUUUAAAUGCGUCGAAUAUAAUUGCAUACCAGAAAGAGUAACCACUAUAUCGCAGACGGAGAAAAUUGUUUGUGCAGCACCUUCUUGCCCAAGCGGUUAUGAAGUUGUUUUUGAAACGACACCGCUUGUAGCGGCCUGUUCAAAAUAUAAAUGCGAACCGAUUGCAAAGCAUGAUGUCGUUUGCAAAAUCACAGGAAGAACAUUCAGCACAUUUGAUGGCACCGAGUAUAAAUAUGAUGUUUGUGAUCACAUUUUGGCUAGAGAUUUAUCAUCAAAUAAUUGGACCAUUUCAAUUCAAAAGAAUUGCUCAACGGGUGGAUUUGUGUGUCGCAAACAAAUUACAAUUACCGAUAAAACGUGUAAUUUGGUCGUUAUUUUGAAUACAGAUUCAACCGUCAAACUUGAUGACUACGAAUACACAAUUGAUCAAUUGAAAAACUCCGUUUACAGCCAAAGGAAUUUGUUCACAAUCUCAAAAGUGGGCAAUUCAAUUUUAUACGUAUCGAAUUUGCAAGACAUUUGGAUACGAUUAGAUGACACUGGUGAUGUGAAAGUAGGAAUUUCAUCAAAAUACAAAUCAUUUGUCGAUGGAUUGUGUGGUUAUUACAACGAAUAUUCAAAUGAUGAUAAGCGUUUACCCGAUGGAACCGAAGUGAUUUCAACGGUUGACUUUGGCGAUGGUUGGUGGCGCGAUCCAACAUCCAAACCCAAAUGUGAACCAAAUGCUUGUUCGCAACAAGAGCAAGACACAGCAUGGGAAAUGUGCAACAAAAUCAAAGACGAAGCAUUUGAAUCAUGUGCAAAUGUCGUAAAUGUCGAUAAGUUUAUUUCGAAAUGCUUGGAAACUGCAUGUGAAUGUCUUAAAUCUGGUAAAAGUGCGCAAAAUUGUAAAUGUUCAUUACUACAAAGUUAUGUAUCGGAUUGUAUGGCUGCCGAUGAAAAUCUUCAUUUCGAUACUUGGCACUCUAAAUUUGAUUGCGUAGUUGAAUGUCCCGCUCCAUUGGUGCAUCGUGAUUGCUAUCGCCGUCGGUGUGAACCAUCCUGUGACACGCUCAACAAAGAAAAUUGUCCAUCUUUACCAGGCACUUGCUUUAGCGGGUGUUAUUGUCCAGAAGGUACCGUUCGAAAGGGAGAAGCAUGUGUUCCAGUUACCGACUGCAAAAAUUGUGUAUGUGACGGUUUCGGUAGUUCACAGUACAUCACUUAUGACCGAAAAAACUUUACAUUCAACGGAAAUUGCACAUAUCUAUUAUCCCGAGAUGUUAAAAUACCAAAUGCACACACAUUCCAAGUUUAUGUAUCUCUCGCUCCAUGCCCAACAUAUGAUUUGGAUGUAAGAGGCAGUUUUAAUUCGGAACAAAGUUGCACACAAUCUUUGCACAUUUUGUAUGGCCAGCACAUUAUUCAUUUGCAGAAAAGUACACAGAAACAAGAUGCAUUAGAUACUUUGGUCGAUGGAAUUGCUGCACCGUCGUUACCGUUCAAAAAUGAAUGGGUUUUGAUAGAGGAGCAGCGAGGAAAGGGAGUUAAUAUUGAAUUAAUUAAAUCGUUGGUUGAGGUGAACACAAUAUUCGAUGAUUUGUCAUUCUCGAUUAAGAUUCCAAGUGCGAAAUACAGUAAUUCAGUUGAAGGGCUUUGCGGUAAUUGCAACGGCGACCCAUCAGAUGAUCUCAAACCAAAUCCAAAACAUUUGGAUAAAGUGAAAUCAAACAAUUUGAAUGAUAUUUUACAAACUUGGUUGGCCGACGAGCCGGCAUUGAAUUUGAAAGAGAAAUGUAUCAGCGAAACUAAGAUCUCCGAAGUAUGUGUUCCACUACCACCAAACGACGAUCCAUGUCUGCAGCUACUCGAUCAAAAAACAUUCGGUCAGUGUCAUUUGAUUGUGAAUGCUUUGAGUUACGUAUCCAUGUGUCAAAAUGAUAUGUGUAAGACAGGUCCAAAUCAGAAAGGAGCUUGCUCACAUUUCGCCGCAUAUGCACGUGAGUGUUCUCGUAAUGGAAUUUGUGUUGACUGGAAGAAAGGUGCAUGCAGUGAAAACUUCGAAUGUCCAAUCGACAUGGAGUAUAAGGUAUGUAAUUGUCAUAAGACGUGCGACAUGGUGAAAGAAAAAUCGAAUAUUUUGCUCGGAACUUGUGCUGAACCAGUUGACGGAUGCUUCUGUAAAGAUGGAAAGGUAUUGAACCAAUUCGGAAAAUGUGUGACUGAAAAAGAAUGCUCACCAUGUGAUGAUAACAAUCACUUUGUUGGGGAUAAAUGGCAACCGGACAAGUGUACCGACUGUGAAUGUACCACCAGUGGAAAGGUUAGUUGCACCAAAAAACAAUGUGCUGUCAGUGGAGCCAUUUGUCAAGUCGGUUUCAAAGAAGUCAUCAUUCAAGGUUCAUCAAAUGAUUGUUGUCCGAAAUAUAAAUGUGUACCGGAAUUAGUUUCAUCUACAUGUCCUUUGAAACCACAGCCACAAUGUUCUCCUUAUCAAAACACCAAGAUGAUCAUUGACACCAAUAAUUGUACGUCAUAUGUUUGUGUGUGCAAACCAUUGAAUGAAUGUGCAUCAGUUCAAAAUCGUCCAUUGCGAGCGGGUGAAAAAUUGGUCAAACAAACAACGGGAUGCUGUCCGCAAGACGAAAUUGUUUGUGAUAAAUCAACGUGCCCAAUUAAACCAACAAAAUGUGAUCAACUGUUCUAUGAACUCAUUAAAAAAGACGAUCACACCUCUGAUUUAUGUUGUGAUGAAUUCAUUUGUGUACCACCGAAGAAUUUGUGUCUGCUUCAAAUUGAUGGAAAGACAAUCACAAAGAAAAUCGGCGAAAGUUGGCCAACGGAUGAGCCAUGUAUUAAAAAGAAAUGCACAUAUGGAGCGAAUGGAUCGCCAAUUAUUUCAGAAGAAAAAGAAAUUUGUCCAGUUAAAUUGUGUGGACUGGGAUUUAGAUUGGAUGGAACAAAAGAUAAAUGCUGCGGUGUAUGCAUUCAAGAUAAAUGUGUCCUUGAUGGAAAAACAUAUGCACUUGACUCGACGUGGUACAGCAAAGACAAUUGUACUACUUUUAAAUGUUCUUUGCUUGGAAACCAAUUGGUGGUGUCAAGUUCACAGUCAACAUGUCCUGAUGUUAGCGCUUGUCCAAAGGAACAUCGAUAUUUCGAAGAUUGUUGCGAACGAUGCAAGCAAUCGAUUGAAGAUAAAAAAUCAUGCCUUGCAAUCUCAUUGAGCGAUUCGCAAACCAUUGGCUUGGUGGAAAUGAAUCAACAGCCACACGGACAAUGUAUAAAUACAGAACCAAUUCGUGGAUUCACAGAGUGUCACGGUGCUUGCGAUUCAGGAACAAAAUACAAUCGAUUGACGAUGAAACAAGAUAAAAAGUGCCUUUGCUGUUCAGUUGCAAGUUCCGAAGAACUAAAAAUACCUGUUAAAUGUACCGAUGGAUUCAAACAAACGAUUGCUGUUUCAGUUCCAAAAACCUGCAAUUGUAAACCUUGCGAAGAAGAUGAAUCACAUAAGCACAACGACCAAUUUCUCGAUUUUUUGAGAUCAACUGUAGUGUAUUAAGAUUAUAAUUUAAAAAAAAAAACAUUGAUAUGAUAUAAGAUCGAAAAAAGGUAUUUUUUAUUCAUAAUUUUGUUCGAAAUCAAAAAUUUAAGAAAGUAAUUAAAAAAUUCAUUUGAAUCGAAUACUCCAAAUGACAAAUUGACGGCUAUAUUAGUAGUAAUAAAAGCUGUGAACGAUACGAUCAA